GGCUCUGCCCGGAUCUCUUGUUACGGCCGCCAUUUUAAUACUCUGCUCGGCUUCGCUCGCUUGUCCCUUCUCUCGUCUUGUCUGUGUCUGUGUGUUGUGCGCGCUUCUUCUCGGCCCUUCUCGGCCAUGGAGGACAACACCGACUACGGCAGCAGCAACAACAACAACGCGGGCUCCGGCGCCGGCGGGGACGACUUCGCCGAGGGCUCCAAGAUCAACGCCAGCAAGAACCAGCAAGAUGACGGGUACGAAGGGCAGCCGAGCAGGUGGAGGAAACCAGCCUCGCGGCGUGGCGAGGGGAGGGGGAGGAAAAGAGCGAGGGCGCCAUUUUGUCCUGUAGGAAAAGUAAAUGGCGGGAAGGAGGGAGGGGGGGAACUGAGGCGGCUCGGCCACGUGACUAGGCCGUUCCCACGCGAGCGCCGCCUCCCCGGGCCCCUUUUGUGUGUCCUUCGCUCCGCCCCCCGCCCGCUCGCGCGUUCGGCCUCGGCUUCCAACUGGGCGGAGCCGGGAAGGUGCCCGUUAAGGCGCCGUGACGCAAGCGGCAGCCUAUGGGGGAGCGCGGUGGGCGGGAUCAAGGAAAGCUGGCGCCGCCGCCGCGUGCGCAGUGUGGGAACCGGGGAGGAGUAGUAAGGGGCGCCUGUUUCGCGUGCGGGGAGGUCCCAGGUUCGAUCCCCAGCGGGGCUAAGGAGAGACUUACCUGCUCUGCAGCCCUGGAGAGCCGCUGCCGGCCAGUGUAGGCUUCGUUGUGGGUGAGGCUCUCAAGGCAUCUUGCUGGGUUCUGGGCGCACUUUCUCUCUGCCAAGGCUGCGCUCGUCACAGGAUUGCUACUCUAGUACAUUUUGCUUCACUUAUUUAUAUUGCGUUUCUGUCCCACCCUCCCCCACCCCGUAAGGCGCUCGUGGUCCCCUUUGCCCUUCCAUUAAGUUUAAUCGCCACAACAACAACCCUGUGAGGUAGGUUAGGGUGAGAGAGCAAGUUGCCGAGGGGGGAUUGGAACCCUCCCAGGCCCCGGUCCUGUGUUUCUCAAACUUGGGUCUCUGGAUGUUGUUGAACUACAACUCCCAUUGUCCCUAGCUAGCAGGACCAAUGGUCAGGGAUGGUGGGUCUUCCAGCUGUUGUUGGACUAUAACUCCCAAGUUGCAGAAACAUUGCCCUACUCCCAACAAUCAUAACUGCUGCACUUUGCCUGGCAACAAAUAAUAAAUUAUUAUUAUUAUCAUGCAACUUCACUCUUGGAUGUAGUUGUCUUCUUUGGUGAUCACUCGUAACCGAGUAAGAUUGUUUUACAUGAAUAUGGUCUUAACGGUGUGUCUGUGACUGUUGAGGCCAAUUCUGGAUCCAUACAUCCUUCCACAGUGGAGUCAGAGGUUUCAGGUGGUAGUUGAUCACAGUAAGGAUUUGCCAAACUGCGCCUUUCUCUUAGCACAUUUCUCCUUUUCUGAGUUCUGCUUCUUCAAAGGCCAUGAUGCCUUUGGUAAAGGCUGUUCUCCAGUAGGAGCGCUCACAGGCCAGUGAUUCUCAGUUGCUGGUGUUUAUACUACAUUUUUAAAGAUUUGCCUUGAGAACGUCUUUAAACCUCUUUUGUUGUACCAACCUUCUGAUGAUGCUGGAUUGCAAUUCCCACUAUUCCUGGGUGUUGGCCAUGCAGGGCCACAUAGUUCUCUAAGGCCUUAUCCCAGUCACCUACAAUAUGAAAUCCCCAUUGACCUACCUUUCAGGGCUGUUAAGACUGAGAGCAUGGUUAGUUAUCUGCACUUUCAUGUUAUCCUGCAUUUCGAGUUUUCUUGAAAUGUAUCAUCGUUGCAAGACUAUUCAAAGCUGAUAGUUGUCCUUACUUAUUAUGCAAGUUUCCUGCUUCCAGGGAAGGGUGUCUAAUGUCAUUCUUUCUGUCCUGAUUCCAUUCUAAGCUCAAGAUAGGAUGAGCAGUUAAUCAAACAUGUACCUUUCAUUCCUGUUGCAAAGUCUUAAAUCAGGAUAGAUUGUGUUUGCCUGCAAAUAACAUCCAAUCCAUAUACUUUUACUUGGAAGUAAGUCCCAUUUAAACAAAAUAAGCUUCACACUAAGCAUGGCUAAUACUUUCUUUGCAUGAAUGAAAGUGUAAUAGAGUUUCUAUAGGCAUGUAUUUUAAAUCAUAUAUACAUUUACUGUUGUGUAGAGGCAUUAGAACUUACAAGAGUUGUCAUAAUCUCAGAAUAGACACAGAAUGUGUUCCGCUUCAUGAAAAUGUUAACCUAUACUUGGCUACUCUUGUAUUUGGGCUUUUUGAGAUUAAAAUGCUUUCUCCCCCAAAUAAUGGAAAAUAAAGAUAACAUUGUAGAUCAGCAUUGAGAACUUUAUGCCCAGCUAUUCCCAUGGUAGGGAUAAGAGAUAGGACUUUAAUAUAUAAAAAUGCAAGGACCUUUACAGUCACCUUUGCUUACAGUUUGAACCACAUAUGCAGGACAAAUCAGUAGAGCAGUGUUCUGAAGGAUCCCCUUUACCCCAAAAAUGAGGUUUUGGAUUUUUCUUACUAACUUGUGACUGUACAUCGUGUGACAUGUUUUAGUUUUUCUAAUUUAUGUGGAAUACAAUAGAGACAUGGUAAAUGAGUUGGGGCAAUCAAGCAUAGUUGUCUAUCUUGCUUAAUAAUUCUGUUCUGUAUUGGUUAGUGUAAUUGCCUUACUUUAAAUUUAUUAGCUACCUUGCACAUGGAAAGUCAAAACAUACAUUAAAUCUAUAAUGUUUUGGGAAGGUAUAAUUUAAUCAAAUCUCUGUCCUUUCAUUGCAGUAAAAUGUUCAUUGGAGGCCUAAGCUGGGAUACGAGCAAAAAAGAUUUGACAGAGUAUUUGUCUCGCUUUGGAGAAGUGGUGGACUGCACAAUUAAAACAGAUCCUGUCACAGGGAGGUCUAGAGGCUUUGGCUUUGUGCUUUUCAAAGAUGCUGCCAGUGUUGAGAAGGUAUGUAAGUCUUGGUGUUAAAUGGCCAUAAGUAGCAUCUCUGAAUACUUAUGAAAUAUUUUCAUUUUCUGAGUCUGAAUUUGAACUCGUGUAUUUUUAGGUUUUGGAACUGAAGGAACACAAAUUGGAUGGCAAGUUAAUAGAUCCCAAAAGGGCAAAAGCUUUAAAGGGGAAAGAGCCACCCAAAAAAGUUUUUGUUGGUGGACUGAGUCCAGAUACAUCUGAAGAGCAAAUAAAGGAAUAUUUUGGUGGCUUUGGAGAGGUAUAAUCUUUGUUGUUGUCUUUGUCUAGCAUUUUUUGUGCCUACAGUUGAGGGGUAUUUUGUGGCAUACUUACUGGUAAAACAUUGCUUGUUCUAAAUUGUACAAGAAGCCUGCAACUUGUGCACAUUUAACUUGUAUGCAUUCAGCUUUACAUGCUUGGCCAAAUUUAAAAAGGGUUGGGCACCCAGUAGAAAGAACGUGGCAAUCUCAUCCACCAUUGCACCCAGUGUGUUUUGACUGUAAUUUUGGCUUUAGGCAUGAUCCCCAAAAGUUGUGGGCUUACUGUAAUAUAGUAGUUUUGAAUGACACUGUCUGCAUUUGCAUACAACAGUAAGCUAGACCUUCUGAGUGAGCAUUGUUUCCUGGUCACUCCUUUAUUUUGAUUCUCUGGCACAAUCAGGAUUAAUGUAGGAGGGAGCUUUGACAUCUCAUUAUGUCCAAGUUAGGGAUCAGAGUUUGCUGCAAGAAGCUAUGAUCAGUAAAGCUGAUUCAAAAUAGGCCAGAAAGUCUGGCUUAUUAUGUGCAGAUGUGACAUUUGAGUAGCUUGAUAGCUUUACUCUUGGGGUCGUUGACUUUGAGAGCUUACAGUGGGAAUAAAUGGGAACAAUUUGAGAGUUGCGUUUACAAUGGAAGUAGGGGCAUGGGUUCGGAUUUUUACACUAUUCAAUUAAGACUUCUUGCAAGCUGCCUAAAAUAUUAAUUAUUGGUCGAUGCACUGUAAUGCACCUGGUGCUUAAGAGUAACAUAAGGAAAAGAUGAUCCUUGUCUCAAAGAAUUUGUAGUCUAAAUUGCAUCAAAGGUAAAAGUAAGAUGGGUGAAGGAAGGACUUAAGAGGGUAACAAAAAGAAUGAGGGAAGAGCAUUGGAUGAAUGUGAGUAAAUGUAGCUUGAGUUCGAUCAGAGUCCAGGGGAAGGAUUUGAGAGCAUGUAGAAGUUAGAGAUUUAGUUUUAGGCAUGAGGGUUUGCAAAAAAUGGGAUGAUAGAGGUUGGAAGCUGGAAGAGUGAAGGUAUAUACACAUUGCAAAAUAGGGCCAAGAGGAUGAAGGAAGGCUGUGUUGGCUGGGACUGAUGGGAGUUGUAGAGCACUAGUUUGGUGAAAGCUGACAUUGGGUUAGGUUUUACAGCUUUUAACUGUGAUUUUCAGAUAGAAAAUAUUGAGCUUCCCAUGGACACGAAGACAAAUGAAAGAAGGGGUUUCUGUUUCAUCACAUACUCAGAUGAAGAACCGGUAAAGAAAUUGUUGGAAAGCAGAUACCAUCAAAUUGGUUCUGGAAAGGUAUUGCUUUGUAUUUGUCACUUGCAUCUUCUCUUGCAUGCAAGAGCGAUGAUAGUUCAGAAUGUUAAGUCCUUCAUUUAUGUAGUAUUACAGUUCUGCACUUUUGUUUUCAUCUAGUGUGAGAUAAAAGUAGCACAGCCCAAAGAUGUAUAUAGGCAGCAACAGCAGCAACAGAAGGGAGGCAGAGGCGCUUCAUCUGGUGGGCGUGGUGGUUCCAGAGGACGUGGCAGGGGUGAGUGUGCCUUAAAUCUUAACUGCUGAAAUGUGUCUCCAGGAACCAUCUGAAUCAGGAGUUGCAAUCUGAGGGGGUGUUCUUGGAGUGAUACUACAUUGUAAGACUGAGGGGAGAGAUGGUUCUACCUUUUUUUAAUUUGGGAGCCUUUGUAGCUGAAUAUUAGAGUAAAAAUGUUUUAAAUACAGUGGCUUUUAAUUUUUCUCUAACAUAAAAGAAAAAGCAGUUGUAAAGAUUUCAUGUCAUAAUCACUUUAUUUUAGGUCAAGGUCAAAGCUGGAACCAAGGGUAUAACAACUAUUACGAUCAAGGAUAUGGAAGUUACAACAGUCCUUACAGUGAUCAGAGUUACAGCAGCUAUGGUGGAUAUGAUUAUUCUGGGUACAACUACCCAAGUUAUGGCUAUGGACAGGGAUACGCUGACUACAGUGGUAAGCCUCUUUUCUUUCAACAUUGCCUCUAGUUCAUACUACAGAUUUAGGGUAGUUUUAUCUUUCUCAUCCUGGCAUCUAUGGGGCAGGAAGAGGAGGGUAUUGCGUAUUUCUUUAUGGAUUUGUAGUUGUGGGAGUUUCUAAGAGUUGUGUGAGUCUGUAUUGAAACUGAUAGAGGUUUGUGUAAGUAUCUGUAACGAUUCCAAUAAUAGUUUGGUACAGCAUCUUUUGAGUAUCCUGUGGUUUUGAGAUGGACUUUUAAGCUGAAAUUUCUCUCCUGAACAGGACAGCAAAGCACUUAUGGAAAGGCAUCCCGAGGUGGCGGUAAUCACCAAAACAACUACCAGCCAUACUAAAGGAAAACCUGGAAAGAAACAGGUGUGUAUUGAGUGAAAGUGUCACCACCCAUACGUCUAAUCUAAUUUAAAGAUCAAUAGACAAACAAGUAUAAACCACUUUUCUUGGAUAGCCUUUUUCUAAAAAAACCUUUUUAAAAAACGUGUUUUGAAAUGUGUUUUUAAAACUCUUUACUUUUAAGUGUCUAUAGAUCUUUAACUCUGUAAAAGGUGGUUCAUCGUCCUUAGUACUUCAGAGAAACAUAAGAGUUUUUCUGCUUACAUUGUGUGCCAGGUGGUGUAGAGGAAUAAUUAAACUUAAUAGAAGUGUUAACCAACAGGUAAAGUACUGAAAUGGGUACAACUUAAGCAAAACAAGAUUGUUGUCUUCUAACUCUGACAUUAUACCUUGUUUGUACCCGCCAGCGGGAACUUCAUUGCAGGCCGUGUGUCACCCUGACCACGUCUAUCUCUGGGGGUCGCACGUUGCAGGCAGAGCGCAAGGCAUACACCAGAAAACGCUGUCCUGUGGUAUGGUCUCUUCCAACUUCAUGUACCAGCGUAAAGAUUAAAGUGGAAAACUUCAGACUUUGGCUUCUUUUUAAAAAUCUUCUUUGAAGAUUUAAGUGUCUUAACUUAAAAUGGUUUUUUACAGGAGUUAAAGUGCAUAAAUGCCUUUACAGCUUAAUCAUUUUUGGUCUUCUGUUUAGUGUUGUAUAUCAAUUGUGGAACCUCGUUUUAAGUGUUCGUUCUUUAAGAUUUAAUGCUUGCUUUUUUCUUUUAUAGCUAUUAGUGAAUUCUACAAACCUAAACGAACUUUUAAAUCUGGAAACAUUAAAGAUCAUAUGCAGAUGGCAGUUUCUAUUUAAUCACUUGGCUAACAAUAAUUUUCCUUGUAUUGCCACUUUCUCUUUCCCGCUAGCAGUUGAAGCCGUGAAAGGCUCUUCUACAGCUUGGUUUCUAGUAAACCAAGAACUUCCUUGCUGAGUUUCUGCAGUUCUUUGACAUAGCUCCAUCAUUUGAGCUGAACUGGGACGCCUGGGCAUGUAAAGUGCAAUUGGGUCAUCAGAAAUAUUUCAUGUUGACAGAGAUGCAUAUGAUCUUUAACAGUGAAGCGAGGAAUAAAUAGAGGACUUAAAGCAGUUCAUGAAAAUGGACCUUUUAAAAACGAUUGUAAACGUUGCACUAGUCUCAUAAUGUUUUUUCUCUUGGUUGUAGGUAGAUUCUACAGCAAAGCCAUCUUGCAGAACAUCAGGACUGACUGGAGGGUGGUCUUCGUGACAUGAGAUUAUUUUGUAAAAGACUUUUAGUGUAUGACACAACAGUGUCCAACUGUACAUAGCGGCCGAAUAGUUUUCUUUAUGGUUUUUACUUUUUGUCCUUUUGUCAUCUGUGUUAUGAUGCCAAUGUGGUUCUUGUGUUUAUACAAUUUUUAUUUGUAUUUCUUUGUUGAAUGACUCAAAUAAAAAUGCUUAUCUUCUGUGAGUGCUGUCUUCAGCAUUUUGAGAAUACCACGGCGGUUGUAUCAGGCUCAAGAAUACCAUUAGGUACUUGUGAGCAAUAUUGCAACAUGUUAAACCCACACAGUGUGUGCUAGAGAAAUGCAAGGGUAUGUGUGUCUCAACUGUAUUCCAUGCUGUACUGCAACAUGAUUCUAUCACCAACGUUUUCAUUUAAAAAAUGAAGAGACUUUAUUGAUUAUAGUAGCAAGUGUGAUCUUUUAUGUUGAUAUAUAGUCUAUGUAUGAUGCAGCUGCUUGGAGGAAAGUCAUCUCUUUUCUUUGAAAAACACUGAACAGAGACUGAAACAUAACCUAGGUUUACUGAAAAUGGUUGGCUGGUCGUUUGGGUGUUUAAAAAACAUUUGCAUUGUAAUUAAGUUGUGCAGCUAAGGUGUUUUUACUACUAAGGAAGACAAAAUGCUGUUUCAUUAAAAUACAACAAACUGAUCUAAUCAAAAGUUUUAAGUACUAGGAGGGGUGUUUGUCCAUUGCUCAUGCUUUGACACCGACUUGGCAGUUGCAGCCAAUGCAGUCUAGUCUGCUGCUGAAAAACACAAUGGGAUGAUGCAGUGUGUCUACUUAGCCUUAGUUAUGAUAAUGACAAUCACUGGCAUAAACACUAGGGCUUUCAAAUGGAAUCUAAGAACUUUGUCUGAUCUUUGAAAAACUAAAGGUAUGAAUAGUGUUUAGUCUCUCCAUCCCCCUGAGCUUUGUUUUCUUGUAAACGAGUAGGCUGUGUCUAAGCAGUCUUUAGAUUGCUACAGCCCAGUGACCUUAACAGUAAAAGGAAUCUAAGAAAUGGAAACGAGUGCUAGUCAGCAGGAAAAGCAAACCCUAUGAAAAUAAUCAGUGCCUGGGGAGUUUACUCCAUGAGUACUUGCCCUUUCAUUAUUGUUCCCUUAUCUAGUAUUAUAUGGUAUUUGUGGAUGUGGCUUUUUCAGUGCUGCGUUCUUUCUAUAUAAAAGAAUAUAUUAAAGAAUAAUAAAAACGAUAGUCUGGGUUUUAU